GCCUGGGGCGCUGCUGAAGCCACACAGUGGGAGGGCCGACUUCCCUCUGCGUCCUCCUCGCGCGGUUUCCCUUCCCUUGAGGCUGCACAGAAGGCGGCGAGAGGAGCCCUGCGCGUAAAUGUGCCUCUGCCGGAGGCUGAAGGACUUGGCUUGGAAGAGUUUAGGAUAGCGCCCGGGUCGGUGGCAUGGCUCUCUCGGGAAGCUGCGGGAUCCUGGUCGGACUCUUUGUUUUCACCACCAACAUGCAGAUAUCCUUACAAGUCACUCCUCCUUGUAAAAGUGAUCAACACUAUGAAUAUGCUGGGCGAUGCUGCACCAAAUGUGAACCAGGAAAGUAUAUGUCAGCAAAAUGCACUGCCAUGUCAGAGACCGUAUGCCAGCCAUGUGGCCCAAAUGAAUACAUGGAUGUCUGGAAUGAAGAAGAAAAGUGCUUGCUUCAUAAAAUAUGUGAUCAUGGAAGAGCUUUAAUAGAAGUGAACCCAGGAAACAGCACUUCCCAACGACAGUGUGCCUGCACGGCUGGCUAUCACUGGAAUGAAGACUGUGACUGCUGCCGUCGAAACAUAAAAUGCCCUCCCGGUUCUGGAGUGGAAUAUCCUGUACAACAAAACAAGAAUACUGUCUGCAUACCGUGUCCUAGAGGAUACUUCUCUAAUGUCUCGUCUGCAACUGAGGCCUGCAAAACCUGGACUAACUGCACAGCUCUUGGAAUGGAGGAAAAAAGUCCUGGGGAUAAUCGGUCUGAUGCCGUUUGCAAGCUGCAGCUGAACACACAGUUGCAAGAAGAAACCAGCACAUUGUUUUAUACAUUGAUUGCUCCACUCCUCUCUGUUGCCUUGAUUGGAAUUGCAGUCCUUGCUAUAUACUAUCAUAACAAGGGAAAAACACUGAAAGCAGAUUUACACAACUGGGCUCAAGAGAUAUGCAGACAAAUAAAAGGGACAAAGGACUCCCCUAGUGACACCUUUGUAAAUGGAAACGUGGCAUGCCCCACCGGUCAUCUGUUCCUGGAAGGGACAUGUUUGUUGGACCUUGACGAAUACUCAUUUUCAGACGAUAUCUGCUGCCCACAUGGGCAUAUGAAUGAGAAAGCUGGCCCUAAUGCAAUCCAUUGUGGAUCAGGAGAGGAUUUCCCAGCACUGUCUCUUCUUUCUGAAGAUGAUCACUUCAGGCAGAUUCCCACGGAAGAUGAGUAUGCGGACAGAACACCCCAUGGCCCCCAUUAUCUGCCUUUACUGAGCCAACCUGAAAGUAAACCUGUUUCACCUUUCUCAGAGCCUGUGGAAGUGGGGGAGAAUGAUAGUUUAAGCCAGUGCUUCACAGGAACUGAAAGUCUGGCAGAAUUAACAAACUGCUGUUGCACAGACUCUUUCUGUGGAACAGACCCCAUUCAUGUUUCCUCUCACAAAUGCAUGGAGAACUCUUGCCACCCGUCUGCCUGUAGCAACGUGAGGGAUCUUGAGUAUCAAGACCUAAGAGCCUCCUCCUUAAUGCCUGGAGAUACAAAUAAUUGCACAGCCUGUAGAGGAACUUAUAGAGAAUCUCCCAGCAAACUGGGCAAUGCCGCAGAUUCUUUCAAGGAAAGUGGACCUCCUCCACUGACCACCUGUGGCUUGGACUCUUCCUUUGUGGACCAUAACAGCUCAGCAGGCAGCACCAGUGCAAGAAAUGACCCAUGUGAUGGAAAUGGUACAAAGCAUCAGGACACAAAAAGAACACCCGAGUCAAACAGCAGCACAUCCAAUCCCUCGGCCGCAUCUGGAAAUGUGACUGGAAAUGGAAAUUCAACAUUUAUUUCAAGUGGACAAGUCAUGAAUUUUAAAGGAGAAAUCAUUGUGGUCUAUGUCAGCCAGAACUCCCAAGAGGGAUCAAUGUCUCCCGGGUCGAGUGAUGACAGCCUGGGGAGCCCUGUGCAAGAAGAAAACCUGAACCACUGUGAGACUUUUGCAGGCAACACUCCUCCGUAUAAGGAAAAAUGUGCUGAAAUGAACUCCUCUCACAGCAUGGUCCAUGAUGAACCACCAAGCACUGUGGGAGGGUUCAAGAGGACGUUUGGGCCGAUCAUACAAGAAGAAAAUCAUAAGGACCAGGACUGUAAACAUCUCUAUAAUGAGGCUUCACAGCCUGUACAAGAGGAGGGGAAGCCGGGACAGUUCCUAAAGCAAGCCUUGCACUGAUGAAAGUCAUUACCAGCCUACUGACUUCUGGCAUUUGGUCAGAAAGAACAUUAUCAGUCAUUGAAUAUGGUCCGAAUACAGUACCUGAAUAGCACUAAAUCGUUUUUUAAAAAUGCAUUUUGUGAUUAAAUGUCAGAUUGCUUUGACAGACCCAUUAGAAAGAGGGCCUUUGCUUUUGCUGGUGAUCCUUUGCUAUAGGAGGGAACAUGUUUUGGUGCUAUGUGGUGCAUUUCUCCUACUGUUCCAGGAAGAAGCAGAGUACUUAAGGAUUGAGAUACAAGAUGCAUUGUUGUGACUGCAGACAUCCCAAAUCCAGUGGACUAGGCUCCCGAAACAUCUUGUACAUGCUGCUAAAGACUGUUAAUACAGAAGUUUUCAUUGGUUCAAUGCUAGACUCUGGACACUUGCAAAAUUAAGUGAAAACAGCAGUUGUAUUUUUAACACUCACUUUUGGAAACAUUGCAUGUACAUCUACUUAUUUAGAAUUCCGUAUGAAUGUAUUCCUUUACAUGUUUGUCUCCUAUUCUUCAAAAGUAAAACCAGUUUUAAAGGGGGGGGUGUUAAGUCACUAGGAUGGGAGUGGGUGCAUCUUCUUCCAGGCUUGUCAGUCAGGGCUGUUCUUAGUUGGGUUCCGCUGCAGACUUGCAGAGCCAGUCUUCCCUGAGCUGCAGCUUAGAGAAACAUGGACUGUGUAACCAGAGUUUGGUGAGCAUGCUUCUAGAACAACUCCAGUUCACCGUAUUUCAUUUCCUUCACAGCCCUUGAUUUGAAAUUAAAGUGGUUUAAGCAGGGACCACAACUUGGCAAUUCUUGUGGGCCACCAGAAAUCAAGCUCUCAUUAAUCCUGUGAAAGCAGCUUUUUACUAACUUCGACACUUUUUCUCAAGACUCAGAGGAAGGACAUUUAUGGAGAAAGUGUCAAGAUUUGGGAUGUGAGAGAUGGUUCCGAGACAAGUCAGUCUUCCAGGUUGACAGCAAAGAGACUCACAGAGAUGGUAGAUUCCUUCACCAGCAAUAUAUUUAUAGACUAUGUACAACUGAACUAUGUACAUCAGUCAACAGACUAAAUAAUACACUUACAGUAAAUAAACAGACAGCACUUUGUGCAGCAACUCUCCAACACAACACUUCCAACUUCACCAUAGUGUGCAGCACUUACAUAGUAUGAAUAGCCAAUCACUGGGCACCUCACCUGAUGUCUUCUCCUAGACAUUACAUCAUAUCCAAUACACAUUUCAUGGAUUGCAUCAGCCUCAUGUGCUGACUCUGUGGCAGCACACCUGUUUCAAGAUGGAUGCCUAUUAAUAAAACUUUGAUUCAUGUGCAAAGAGUAAAUGUUCUAUUGUGUGGCAUAAUAUCCUGACAGGAAGCACAGGUGAAACAUGUCAUUCAUGAGCACAUAAAAUACAGUAAUGCAAUUGCAGCUCCAUUCCCAACUGGAGUAUGAUUUGUGCAGUUCCACUGUAUGUUGGCAUAUACAUAGCCACCAGCAGCCAUAAAGCAGACUAAAAGAAAAGGAUCCUCUGCCAUGAAUGGGAAACCAACUUCAUGGGUUCCCAGUCCAGGCCUCUGGGAUUUCCCAGAGGGCCACAUCUCCUACCCUGGGAUGCCUUCUUAUUUUUGUACACAUGCACCCUUUUUAAAGGUUGAAAUGCCUUUCCCAAAGCAAAUGUACUAUAAGCAGUAAGAGAUUUAAGGUACACUUUGCAGGUAUUUUUGGCACCCAGAAUCUGCUGCCUGGAUUGUCUUAUCUUUUGUAAUGACUGGGCUGCCUUGCCCGAGGCUACAAUUUGUCUUUUACUAUGUUAGGUAUUGGUUCUAGCCAUAGUAAGAAUCCAAAGCCUUGAGGGUCUUGCAAAGUUUUUGACCAGUAUAUAAUGUGUUCCUUUUUUUAAAAAAAGAAAUGCUUUAAACUACACUGUUUUUAUUAACUGAGAAAGUGAAUUUAAGCAUUACUGAAUAUUUAAACUUGUUUCUUUGCUGAAAAAAAUGUGCCUAUUGCAAAGAAACUGCUUUCACUAUUGGGGGGGGAGGCAGACAUGUUUCUCUCUGAUGUCACUUUAAUUAAACUAAAAGCUCUGAACUGCCUCAA